CCGCCGCGUGCAGUUCCGCCUCGACGACCUCGCUCUCUACGCCCAGACGUAUGCCUGCUGCGAUGCCGCCCCCGGCGCCGGGCGGCGGCGCGGCCGUGCAGGCGGACGAGGCGGAGGCGGCGCGCAUCAAGCAGAUGAUGAGCGCCGCGUCGAGCGAGUGGCAAAAGCCGUACUACGCGCGCCACCCCGGCCAGGCGGCGGGCCGAGGCCGCGGCAUGCCCCCGCCCGCGCCGGGGCGGGGUGGGAGCGGGCGGGUGCCGCCGCCGUCCUACAUCUGCUACCGCUGCCGCCAGCCGGGCCACUUCAUCCAGGACUGCCCAAACAACUCGGUCGCCGACGGCGGGGAUGAGAACACCGCGACGCACGCGCGCCGGGCGCCAGUCGGCAUCCCCCAAGUGAUGCUGCGGCGGGUGGCUGCGGGUUGCCGACGAGAAGAAGUUCUCGCGCGUGACGGCAAAGAGCCUCGAGAAGGUAGACGCGGAGCACGUGCCGGAAGAGCUCAAGUGCCCGAUCACCAAGCGGCUCUUCGAGGACCCGGUCGUGCUGCCCUGCUGCGGCGCCUCCGUCUCGGGCAGCGCGCUCACGCAGGCGCUGGUGGAGGACCCCGCGUCGGGAGGGACGCGCUGCGUGCUCUGCGCGACCACGGGCGUGCGCGUGGACGAGGUCGUGCCAAACAAGCACGCGCGCGAGAUGCUGCGCGCGCUCUACGAGGACGUCAAGCACGCAAAGGCGGACGCGGCCGCCGAGCCGGCGGCGAACGCCGCAGAGACGUUCGUCCCGGAGGCGGGCGCCGCCGCCUCUGGCGUCGUCAAGAGCGAGUCGGCAGCAGCGGCGGCGCCAGACGACGAUUGGGGGCCGCUCGAGCCGGCGACGGCGGGGAUGGGGGGGAUGCCCAUGGGCGGGAUGCCCAUGGGCGGGAUGCCCAUGGGCGGGAUGCCCAUGGGCGGGGUGCCCAUGGGGGGGAUGGGCUUUGGCGGUGGCGGGGGCAUGCCCAACGACAACAACGGCGGCCACGGGCACCGGCCGGGCGACUGGGUGUGCCCGAACUGCAGCGCCAACGUCUUCGCCUCGCGGCACAGCUGCUUCAAGUGCAACACGCCGAAGCAGGCCUGGUUCCAGCAGCAAGCCAUGCUGCAGCAGCAGAUGAUGCAGCAGCAGCAGAUGAUGCAGCAGCAGAUGCUGAUGAUGCAGCAGAUGCGGGGCGGGGGCAUGCAAGGAGGAGGCAUGCAGAGCGGAGGAGGGCCGAUGCAGAUGCCGCACCGCGGACAGCAGAUGCCGCGACCAGCGCAAGGCCCAGGAGGCGGAGGAGCCCGAAACUCAGACUCUCACGCCGCUGCUAUCAUGUCACAGGCGCGCGAGCUGAUCGACUCCGUCAAGCGGAGGCGCGAGCGGGAGAGCGGCGGCGGCGACUUCAACGGCGUGGUGGUGAAGGUGGAGGGGCAGCCGGCAAAGGAGCGCGACGCCCAACUGCGCGCCGCGGCGAUCGACGUGGACAACGACGCGCAGAGCUGCUCCGCUGGAGGCGCCGCCGAGCCGCACCACCCGCCGCCCGUUGGCCAGGUGCGGCGGCUGCCGAGCGGUGUCUCGUUCGGGGACGACGAGGACGGCCUCCUGGCUUUGGGCCAGGAGUCGUGACAGUUGUGUGUUGUGUGUCCGUUGAGGUAUUUACGCCAGGGGCGCGCACAGAAACUGGGAGUGGGACCCCCCCAUGCUAUAUCGGUGUCGCUAACGGGUGUGUGCGAGGCACCAGCGUGGGCGCGUGCCCCGCGCCCCGGCCGUCAAGCGGCGCCCAAACCCAUCUCUCAACACUCAAGAUCUCAUCUGUUGUUCACUCAGCCCACAAUGCACAAAAAUACAAUUGUAGAAAUAA